AUGGUCACGGAACAUCAUUUAAUCGCUACGUUCGAUAAGCUGAUCCAGCGCCUGCGGUAUCUGCUGAAGCUACUCGGAUUGGACUCGUACGACCCGAGCUAUCGCCCGAACAUCCGAACGGUGAUCGUGCUGUGCCUGGCCGCGCUGUACAUGAUGAUCUCGAUGUACGAUUUGGUGCAUUUCAGCGAUGAUUUGUUCAACUUCGUCUACGUGCUGAUAACGUUCUUCUUCGCCACUAUUGGCAUCGGGCGAACAACUAUAUAUUUGAGUAGCGGCGAGGCACUGCAAUUCCUGCUGGCAGAAACCUACCGGACGUACCGUGAGGUACGAGAGGAUGAGCGCGAACAGCGAAUCCUGUGCUGGUACACGAACAUCUACCGAUGGGCCGUCGAUACCUACGCCCGUACGUUCCUGGUUACGUCAAUUAUAAUGGGACUGGGACCCUUGAUUAACUUUCUAGUCACCGGUGAGCAAGUGCUCCCGUUCGGAGUGGUACUCCCGUUCGUCGACAGCAACUCCGGCCUCGGCUACGUGUUGAACUACCUUUACCAGUUGAGCUGCAUCUUGUGGACCGGACCAGGGCUGAUGUCAUCCUACUGUCUUACCUUGGCGUUGGUGGCCAACAUCUGCAUCCAGUACGAUAUACUUGCAGUGAAGCUGGCUGAUCUGGAUGAGGACAUUCUGUCGCACGCCGAUGAUCUAGUGGCACGGAAACUCCGCGACAUCAUUCGGGACCAGCAACGGGUCGAGAGAUUCGUCGGCAUGAUAGAGGCUACGUACCGGAUGGUGUCGGGAGUUGAGGUCCUCUCGCUCGGACUCCAGGUCAUCAUCACGCUAUUCGUCAUGCAGAUCUCGUUUUGGAUGCCGGGUUUGUUCAUGAUACCGCUCUUUUCGGGACAGCUGUUUAUCUUCUGCGCGCUUGGUGCCGCAAUCCAGCACAAGAGUGAAAGCUUUGCGGCCGGUGUGUACCGUCUCAGCUGGCACGAGCUGCCCCGGCGGGAGAAGCAAACCUUCCGCAUCAUGCUGCAGCGCUCGCAGAACUCCCAGAAGCUCACCUGCUCGCAAAUCAGCGAUAUCAAUCUGAACCUGUUCGUAACGAUGUCCCAGAAGUUCUACUCAAUCUUCACGAUGCUACGCAGUUUCUAA